GGGACAGGCUGGACCGCAGCUGCUCCGCUUUCGCAAAGUUCUCCAUGCAGAAGGGAGGGCGCGGAGGCCGGUUGAGUGAGAGGGACGUUUUCCUAGAGGCUGCCAGUGUUUGGGGCAACACAGCGCAGAGAGAGAGAGAGAGAGAGAGAGAGAGAGAAGCCCCUCUCCAGCUCUCCUCUCCGUCACUUUCGAGCUCUUUUCAGACCGAAGAGGAGCAUAAUGGCGAAAAUGAGGGUGUCAUACGAGUACUCGGAGGCGGAGGAUAAGAGUAUCCGACUAGGACUGUUCCUCAUCGUCUGUGGCAUUCUGUCCCUCUUUAUCCUCGGGUUCUGCUGGCUCAGUCCAACUCUACAGAGCAUGCAGAGCAAACCGGCCAACUGCACGGUGGUGUCCGUGCUCAGACCGGAGGAGAUGUUCGAGUGCGUGUUCACGUGCGGGGCGGACUGCAAGGGGACUUCGCUGUAUCCGUGUCUGCAGAUAUUCGUCAAUAAUUCCGAGUCGAACUCCGUGGCUCUGCUGCACUUUGAUGAACAGCAACUGGUGCUGAACCCAAAGUGCUCGUACGUUCCUCCAUGUGAGAGGGACAACCAGAAGAACAAGGACAACGUUCUGUGGUGGGAGGACUACUGGACUAAAGAGGUCAGCUCCCAAUCCUUCACCUGUUUCUUCAACCAGCAGAGAAGGCCUGACGACGUACUGUGGCGGCGCUCCCACGACGCCAGCGUCCUCCUCCACUGCGUCCUGUGGCCCAUGGUGAGCCUGCUGGUGGGUACCCUCAUCGUCCUUCUCACCGUGUGCGCCCGCAGCCUGGCCGUGCGCGCCGAAGCCAUCCAAAAGAGGAAGUGCUCGUACGAGCCGGCAGGCAACUCAGAGCAGAGCAAGACGCCGCCCAACACCAACACGGCCUCCUUCCGGACCCUGCCGAUGUUUGCUGUCCCUGUCCGACGCAGAGACCGGGAACAGGAACACUAGAUGGAUGGAUGGAUGGAUUGAUUGAUAGAUUGAUGAUGACUGUGGUCUCAGUGGUGGUUGUUGUGUGAUGAGGACCUCAUAGAAGCGGGGAAUGUUUGAACUUCCAAUUAUGACUGUUCUGAACACUCUCAUUCCGCUGGACUGGACUCGAGGCUCAUGCACCAGAAAUGCUUGUCUGUCUUGUCUUGGUGUGUUUGUCUACUUAUGUAAGAGCCAUUUUGUCAGUUCAACUGUCAGCUGGUGAGGACCUUUUCUAAUGCUAUGUGUAUUACAAUGCGUUGAUUAUGUCUAUGAAUAAGCAAAAAUCCCAAAAGGACAAUGCCGCUUUCUGUCACUGGUCAUGUUUUGGACAGGUCUGUGUUACGUGUUGAGCCUCUGUGUCUCUGUGCUGAUUGUAAAUGUGGUUCGCGUUUACUUCACUAGUCGAGCUCGGUCUCAAAGUUCAGAGUUCACUGACUUACAAACAGGACAUGUCUGUUACCUUUGAACGCUCUUUAACUAGACUCUUCAUUACAAACCCCUGGUCGUAUGAAAGGAGAGAUCGUGAGGGCGUCCCGGGCCAGGACCACCUGAGAAGAAUCUUCAACACCAGUUACACAAAAUGUCAGUGCUUUGUUCAGAGAGAAUGCGGUGAAAGGAAUUCUGGGAGAGUCCUUCUAAUCUCUGGGAUGACAGAGCCAGAAGCAGACCUUGGUCUGAUCAGCCCCAGCAUGAUGUACUGUCUUCUUCUCUAGGUGGUAUUAGGAAGUGUUUAAAUGCCUAUCUCACUGUUACUGUUCUUUAACACCCCGGCCCACGAUUUAAAGAAAUCACAACAAUGUGUUUAUUACUUUUAAAGGCAUAUUACAGUUUGUUUUGAUCCGGUUCCCCAUCUCUCUCCUCUCUGUACCACCUGCCGUUUACUAAACCUGUUUCUAACAAGGCUUCUUCAAGACAUCUGUCCAACUACAGCCAACCCAACCGCCAUGGACGGAAUAUGUCUGUUGUUCAUUUUCAGUUGGUUGCCGCAGGACAUGUUUGAACCUAUUUGGUCUUCAAUAUGUAGACUGGGCCACGGAUGGUUGGUCUGGGUUCAAUAUGUAGACUGGGCCACGGACAGUUGGUUUGGGUUCAAUAUGUAGACUGGGCCACGGACAGUUGGUCUGGGUUCAAUAUGUAGACUGGGCCACAGACAGUUGGUUUGCGUUCAAUAUGUAGACUGGGCCACGGACAGUUGGUCUGGGUUCAAUAUGUAGACUGGGCCACGGACAGUUGGUCUGGGUUCAAUAUGUAGACUGGGCCACGGACGGUUGGUCUGGGUUCAAUAUGUAGACUGGGCCACGGACAGUUGGUCUGGGUUCGGGACAAAACCUGGGAUAGGUAGUUUGUCUGUGGUUGGAUAGAUGUGCAGAUGCCUUGACUGUAGCAACUUCCUCUGCAGUCUGUCUUCUGUCUUACCUUCUGUCAGUUCGUGGUUUUAGUUUUUUUCAC